ACUAGCUUUUCUGGCUUUUGUUGAGUGUGUCCGGCUAUUGAGGUUCAGUUGGAUUGUUGCAAACUGGUGCAGAGACUCCUAGCCAAGCGCGAUCCUGAACAAAAAGGCAUAACAAUGCUGUGGUCGUUUUUCACCGCAACUGUAAUCUUUCUGAACUUGGUGGUAUCCUGUGAAGGACGUGGCCAUGUGGUAGUGAAAAUAAGAAGCUACAAGAAUCCGACCCAUCGCGGGCUCGAUAAUGAAUGUUGCGACAGAAAAAUCUUCGGUUGCUCUGCAUGUGAUGCAUACUUUAAAUUGUGCGUGACCCUUUCAGCAUCCAGCCUUGCUCACAACUGCAACCUCGGAAGACUCGACACUGGCGUGGUAGGCCGCGGGGAUGAUCAUAGCUUUGACGAAAAUCGCUAUAAGAAGAGCUUUGCCUUCAGUUCCUUCCUGGGAAGAGUUAAUUUGAAUCUGGAAGUUUGGGAUAAGGACAUAUUUACUGCUGAUGACUUAGUGGACAACAUUAAAAAAUCCUUUCAACCAAGGGUAACUUCUGGCAGCUUCAACAAGCAACUUGUGACGCUUUCUGGCAGUCGCGCCACCGUAACACUUCAGCUGGAAUUACAUUGCGCCAAGAACUACUACGGACCAAGUUGCAGCUUGGAGUGCAUCCCGCGGGAUGACUCAAGCGGACACUACACGUGUGACAACCAGGGAAGGAAGAUUUGCAGGCAACAUUGGUAUGGAGGUAGCUGCACUCGGUGGUGUAUCCCGCGAAAUGAUCCAUUUAACGGUCACUUCAACUGCGACAAACAGGGAAACAAGAUAUGCCUACCCCGUUAUGAAGGGCUUAAUUGUAAGAGAUGCGUGAAAAACUGGUUCGGUCCCCGCUGCUCUACGUACUGUGUGUCUCAAGAUAGUCAUGAGCAAGGACAUUACAAAUGUGGACGAUACGAUGGUUCGAAGGACUGUCUACCGUGGUGGUUUGGUAACGAGUGUAAAGCGCACUGCAUUCCUCACGACGAUGACGACAACGGACAUUACAGCUGUGCGCCUGACGGAAGUAAGACGUGUCUUGAUGGAUGGUUUGGCGGGAAUUGCACGGUGUUCUGUGUUCCCCGAGAUGACGAAGGAGGGCAUUACACUUGCGACAAGGAGGGUAACAAAGUGUGCUUAGAUGGAUAUCGUCCCCCGGAGUGUAUAAACUGCUUUCUGGGUCGAUACGGCGCCAACUGUUCCUUGACGUGUUUGGGGAACGAUACGUCCACAUUCCAACAAGGCUACUUUUACUGUACCGAAGAUGGAGCGAAGAACUGCAAUCGGUGGUGGUAUGGGCCCGCGUGUUCGCAGUACUGCGUGCCUCAUGAUGACAGCAUGAACGGGCAUUACACGUGUGAUGAACGUGACGGAAGUAAAGUCUGCAGGCCUGGCUGGGAAGGGCCAAGCUGUCUUGAUGGAAAACAGAACAAUCUAGCGAUAUCUCCCCAGAUCUGCAAGGGUUCAAUUCAGAAAUCACAGCGCCGCUCUUCGAUAUUGCUACACGACUGGAAACAACACCAGCUUACUUUAAGGCAGAAAAUGCUUGAGAAAAUGCUCUUGACGUUCGUCAGUGUUGCUGUUGUCAUAUUGGCCUUGAUGUUACCCUGUGAGGGCACUGGACAUGCAGUCGUGACUCUGAGAAAAUACAAGAAUCCGUCGCAUCGCAUGAGCAAUGGUAAAUGCUGUGAUCACUUGAUGUUCAACUUUGGCCGGUGCUAUCCGUGUGAUGCUUAUUUUAAACUGUGCGUGAGCCAGUCUGUUUCCGGAUCAUCUGCGUACAGCUGCAACAUUGGACGAAGUGAGACAGGCGUGGUGGGAGACAGGGACAACCAUACGCCGAACAUCAGGAGGGUGUUUCCUUUCAGCACUUUUCAAGGCGCCAUUACGAUAAGAGUGGAAGUCUGGGACAAGGACAAAUACACGAAUGACGAUUUCGUGGGAAAUCCGUCCAUUACUCUCCGGUCUGUCACCCCAGGAACAUUUCGCAACCCGUUACGUAAAAGUCUGACCCUGAGGGACAGAGGCGUUAGCUUGGCGCUUGAUUUGGAGCUGUCUUGCGACGAGAACUACUACGGGCCCAGCUGCCGUGUGGAGUGUGUCCCGCGGGAUGACUCGAGCGGACACUACACGUGCGAUAAUCAGGGAAGGAAGGUUUGCAGGCCGCAUUGGUUUGGAAAGAGCUGUACUCGUUCGUGUGUCCCGCGGGACGACCCGGAUAAUGGUCACUUUAACUGUGACAAAGUAGGCUACAAGAUAUGCCUGCCCCGUUGGGACGGGCCAUCUUGUAAGACAUGCGCGAAGAACUGGUUUGGUCCCCGCUGCUCUACGUACUGUGUGCCUCAGGAUAGCCAUGAACAAGGACAUUACAAAUGCAAACAGUCCGAUGGUUCGAAAGAGUGCUUACCGACGUGGUUUGGUAUCGAAUGCCGCACGAAAUGCAUUCCUCGCGAUGACGACAGCGGACAUUUUGGCUGUGCGCCCGACGGAAGUAGAACGUGCCUUGAAGGAUGGUACGGCAAGAACUGCACGGUGUUCUGUGUUCCUCAAAACGACCUCCAGCUGGGAAAUUACACCUGUGACAACGAAGGCAACAUGGUCUGCUUGGACGGCGUUCGUCGAUUCGACGCCAACUGUUCUCUGACGUGUUUAGCCGACGAGAAGCCAACCAUGGAACAAAAGAGCUAUGACUGCACUGACGAAGGAGUAAAACAGUGCUAUCCGUCUUGGUAUGGACCCGACUGUGGCGUGUACUGCGUGCCUCACAACGAUACCAAACACGGUCAUUACACGUGCGAUGAACGUGACGGAAGUAAAGUGUGCUUGAAAGGCUGGGAAGGGCGAAACUGUCGAUUUCGCUCCCAAGACUCGUUGUUUACGAUUGAGUGAUAGGUUCCACUCAUUUCUUAGUUUUAUUGUCGUUGUGAAGUUGUGAAGUAUUCUCAAUAAGCUCAUCUGAUGAACAGUAACUCGUAGGAGGAACAUAAGUGUAUCAUGUGUAUCAUUACAAAGAAGUGCAAGAAAAUCGGUAGUAAAAGAAUAGUUGUAACUGGUGGUAGCUUCCGGUGUCCUUUG